AGUUAUAUGUGCAGGUUAUGCUGAUGUUUUAGAAAACCUCUCAGCUGUGUCAAACAUCACCCUCACAGUGUGAUAAUGAACCUCAGCUGAGAAGCCAAAAAAUAAUAAUCAUGAAAUAAAGAAAAAUCUAUUUUAAUUUUAAAGAGCUAAUCUGAGCUGAUGACGUGUGUGUGCCAGAUCUUAGCCUGAUGUUUUUCACUGACAGUCUCACAGUCAGACCCGCCCUCCGUCUAUAAAAGUGCCAUUUUUUUCCACUCCGCCCAUGCGCGCUCAGUCUCACACACAACCACAGAGUCACCGCAUAUCCCACAGUCCGUGAAGGCAGCAGCGUCAAGCAGGCAGUCCGGAGUUUCCAGCGGCGCAGAGCAGGAGGCGCACACGGAUUCGGGGCCUCGGAGAUCCGCAGGUUUCACUUUGAAUCCGCGUCUGGCUGCUGGAGAGUCUGCCCGAGUCUGCGGAGGACUUCACUGCGAGGAAGAGGUGGGGGAGGAGAAGGAGGGAGAGGAGACGCUGCUCGGGACCGGGAGCCGGUCCAGCGGUCCAGCGCUCUGGUCAACCCGGCGGUCAUGUUCGGCACACGAAAGACCUGGGACCUCGGCCACGCCCCCUGCCUGCAGGAUCUCUGGAAGAAAGACCUCUCAUUGGAUGCGAGCUCAGUGGACUUCCUGAUGAGUGAUGGUGAAGACGACGGCUCCUUCCUUUCUCUGCCCAGUACCGCCUUCUCGCAGCGCCCCUCUCUGACCGCCGAGCUCAGCGAAACGAGCACGACCAGCCAGCAGCUGAUUAUCCAGACCCUACAGGACAAAGUUUGCGAGUUUCAGGCUCGACUUCACUCUGAAGAAGUAGCCCGCCACCUGCUGGUGCAGCAGCUGCAGCAGAGUGUCAAAGAGAAGACGGGUGGAGGCGCUGAGACGCUACAGGAAGAGCAGACGUCAGAGACGCCCAAGGGUGUGAGGGUGGUGCAGCCCGGUGCGGAUCGUCUCAGCUGUCCAGAGGAAGAGCAGCUCGUUACUCGGCUGCGCACACAGGUGGAGGAGCUGGAGGAGAAGCUGUUGGAUCAGACCCAGGAGGUGGAGAGACUUCGCUCUGAACUGGGGGCGACAGACCUGGAGAAGCAGCUGGAGCUGCUGGUGGUGGAGAAUGAGCGUCUGAAGCAGGAGCUGAAGUCAUGCAGGAGCUCAAAGCUUCAGAAGCUCGACGCUGCCGCAGAGACCUGCAGCUGCAGCCACUGCCCCCACAGCCAGGAUGUGGAGGCCCUGCGGAGGGAGGUGUCCCGCUGGGAGACCCAGGCCCGUCAGAGGGAGCGGCGGCUGGCUGAGUUGGAGAGAGAGCUGCUGGAGAAAAGCUCCAGGACGGAGGCCCUCCAACGGCAGCUGGACGACUCCACCCGGCAGCUGGACGACAGCCGCAGGCAGCUGGAGGAGUCGAGGCGGAGGCAGGGGGAGGCUGAACAGAAACUCACCCUCCGGCUGCAGGAGUGCGAGGAGGAGCUCGCCAGACAGGCAGCCACGCCCCCCAGAGUCAAAGUGAGGAUGCCGUAUGUGACGCAGACGGUGGAGGUGGAGUCGGCAGACUCUCAGAAAGCUGUGGCUGAAAUGCAGGUGAAGAACAACGCCCUGCAGGAGCAGCUUUCUGCACAGAGGCAGCUGCUGCGAGAGCUCGAGACGCAGCUGCAUGAGUCGCAGAGGACCUGCGCUCAGCUCAGGACGCAGAUCCUGGUUUAUGAAGGAGAGAUGGAGCGAGCUCAGGGUCAGCUGGAGGCAGAGAUGCAGAACCUGGAGGAGGAGAAGAACCGUGUCAUCGAGGAGGCGUUCAUCCGAGCCGAGAGCGAGAUGAAGGCCGUCCACGAGAACCUCGCAGGUGUGCGUAUGAACCUGCUGAGCCUGCAGCCGGCCCUCAGGACUCUCACCUCGGACUACAACUGUCUGAAGAGGCAGGUACAGGACUUCCCCUUCAUGCUGGACAAAGCAAUCACGGAGGCCAAACAGGAGAUCUGCCAGGUGAUCAGUGAGGUGAGCAGCACCAACCAGGAGCUGCUGCGUAAAUACAAGCGAGAGAUGAACCUGAGGAAGAAAUGCCACAACGAGCUGGUUCGACUCAAAGGUAACAUCCGUGUGUUCUGUCGCGUCCGGCCGGUCAGUCAGGAGGAGCAGGACUCCGCCGAUGCCAAAACCAUGCUGAGCUUCGACUCGGACGACGACGCCAUCCUCUACCUCUCUAACAAGGGCAAGGUCAUGACCUUUGAGCUGGAUAAAGUCUUCCCCCCUCACGCCACGCAGGAAGAGGUGUUUCAGGAGGUUCAGGCUCUGAUCACUUCCUGUAUUGAUGGCUAUAACGUCUGCAUCUUCGCCUACGGGCAGACCGGCUCCGGGAAAACCUACACCAUGGAGGGUGUCGCUGAUAAUCCCGGCAUCAACCAGCGUGCUCUGCGGCUGCUGUUCUCCGAGGUGACGGAAAAAGCUCCAGACUGGGACUACAAAAUCACCGUCAGCAUGGUGGAAAUCUACAACGAGACGCUGCGGGACCUGCUCGGGGAGAAUCCGUCUGACAAGCUCGACAUAAAGAUGAAUCCCGAUGGCAGCGGCCAACUCUACGUCCCCGGACUGACCGAGAUCACCGUGCAGAGUCCCGAGGACAUCAACAAGGUGUUUGAGUUGGGUCACGUCAACAGAGCGACAGCCUGCACCAACCUGAACGAGCACAGCUCGCGGUCACAUGCUCUGCUCAUCAUCACGGUCUCUGGAUUCAACACAGCCACUGGCAACCGCACGCAAGGGAAGCUGAACCUCGUGGACCUGGCGGGCUCGGAGCGGAUCGGUAAGUCGGGGGCGGAGGGCAGUCGGCUCAGAGAAGCUCAGUGCAUCAACAAAUCCCUGUCGGCGCUCGGCGAUGUCAUCAACGCGCUGCGGAGCAAACACUCCCACGUCCCGUUCAGAAACUCCCGCCUCACGUACCUGCUGCAGGACUCGCUGAGCGGAGACAGCAAGACCCUGAUGAUGGUGCAGGUCUCUCCGUUGCCCAGCAACAUGAGCGAGUCAGUCUGCUCGCUGAAGUUCGCUCAGAGGGUUCGCAGCGUCGAGCUGAGCUCCUCGUCCUCCAGGAAACACGAGAACUCAUCCACGUCAUCCUCGCCCACCCACGACAGCGUUGAGCUGGACUCCCCCCCGGUGACCCCGGUCCCUCUCCCCAUCUCUCGGGCCAGCAGCGCCGGCUCCACCCUCUCCUCCGCCUCCAGAACUCCCAGCAGCUCCCGCAGGAGGUCCCAGUCGCAGCUCUCCACAGGACGACUGAAGCUGACAGCCUGACGGACGCCACGAUGUCGCUGCAGGACGGGCGGCGGGGUGUCAGCCAGCACCCCGAGGCCUCUGCCGCCUCCCUGCUGCUCUUCCUGGAUUUAUUUCCUCCUCAGCCAACGACAGGAGCGGCAAAAACGAGCAAAGACCGAUGGGAACUUUAUAGGACAGGACGGUCUUAAAUCUGAACAGACUCUCAUGAGACGAUGGCCAAACGUCUGGACUGCAGUGACGUCUGAUAUGAGCUGACGGGACUCGCGCUCCUCCGUCGGGACUCAACUAAAAUCCUUAUUAACCCUGAAAUCAGUAUCUGCUCUCCAAUCAGUAUUUCUCAUUGUUUCUUUGUUGCACUUUAAACUUUUAAUUAUUUUCUAACCCAAAAGUGGUUGAUGAUGCAUAAAUGCAUAAUGUGUUUGUAUAUUUAUGUUUGACAUGCUUUAAUUGUUUUUCUUUUGGAGAAUGCGGGCACAUGAAUUUUUCCGUUUUUGUUUUUUUGUGAUCCAAAUUUAAAUUUUUUUUUUUUUAAAUAUUAUUUUGUCUCCAUCUGUUUUUAAUCUUUUUUCUCUGCACCGUGUUCGAUGGAGGAUUUUGAGGCUGAAACCUUAAAGUGUACAUUUUUUUUUCAUAAAGUUGGGAUAAAUUUAAGUUUUUUUUCACGUGUGUUGUGUUCCCAUCUGUAGUUUCUGAAGGCUUUCCUCCUUUAUCCAAUCAGGGUACUCCACUGAUCCUAAGCUGUCCAAUAGGACGUGAGCAAUACGAGGAAAUCUGUAGGUUGAUUCUCAGUCUUCUGCUCCUGUGGACGUUCCGUUUAUUUCAAACUUCCUUCAGCUAGAAGAACAAAAAGACUCGAAUCGUAUCUAAACUCCUUUCUUCUCUGUGCGCUUCUGCUGUCAUCUCUUCACCCGUUUGGAGAAAACAAAAACCUCCAGGAAACCACUGGUGACCUUUGACCUGAGAUAGGACACGUGUAGCUGUUGACUUGGUGCUGUUGCUGAGGCGAAGUGAACUGUUAGCUGUAGCUGUAGUAAACAGGAAUGCUUAGAAACGCGAUGAGCUGCUGUGUGUUGUUGACCUGAUGAUCAAACUCUCUGCUUGCUGUUUUGUUUUGGGGUUUUUUUGUAUUUACUUUUUAAUAAACGCUCCAGAACAAACGCA